GGGCAGCUUGGGGGGUGGUAGUGCACUUGUCGGUGUGGUAGUGGUCACUGGAGCUCGUGUCUUCCCGCUCCAUGCCGCUCUGUGCCAGUGUUUCCUUGCUAAGCGUGUUACACAGCAAACGUAAGAGAAAGUGGUGAGCCAUUGUGUUGGAGUGUGGCGUGCGGGGGUGCUCUGUGUGGGGCACUGACGGGCUAGUGAACCAAUGCAGUGUAUUGAAUGCAGCCGCUAAGCCUGCAUUGCUCAAAGCGCGCCCUCGCCAGAAUCAGGAGUCAGCAGAGGCCGUGUGGUGGUGGGGUCGCAUACCUGAGUCCCCGGGAGCCAGGUAGCCUGCAGGUGUACCUCACGUGAGGCAGGGUGCAUCUUGUUAUUCCCGGGCGAGGCGUGCAGCUUGCUCGCGUAUUCACCUGCUGAUGGUAGUCCUGGCCGGCGCCAUCCCUGAAUACUAGUGGUGGUGGUGAUGGUGUGACGUAAACUCGGCUUUGGGGGAAAGAGACGUGCACGGGUGUGUGGGUGUGGUGUGUGUUGCGUGGGCGUGUGAAUGUGUGCGUGUGCAUACGUUUACGUGCGAGUGUGUGCCCACAUGCCCGGUUCUCUUGUGAGCGUGGCAGCGACGGGAACAAGCACGCGCCCACGUGCCGGCAAGGCUAUCAGGAAGGCACUGCUUCCAAGCUCAGGCUCCUCUGUGCUCCCAGUGUUAGUGAGGAGGACCAUGUGAGCACCACCCGCCACAUCACCAUGAGUGCUUCUAAAAUCAGGAACAAGAAGGCGAAUCUCCGCCAGAAACUUGGAGGCGACGGUGGAUCUGGUCGUUUUCUGUUUCACAAGAGCUCGCCUUCAGGGAUAACAGUAAUAGAAACCAAGGGCGACAAAAGCCAGAAGAGUCAGCUGCAGAAUGACUUGAUAUCUGACUUGCCCAAGGAUGGUGCGUGGGCGGGCCGCCAGCAGAACCUGGACAUCAUCUCCAACUGUCCGCCGGGCCAGAUGGACGACUUCGAUGGCGUCGACCGCAUCAUUGAAGUCAGAGAGAAGGGAAGAGGGAAGCAAAUCUUAAGAAGUGACCGAACAGCAUCUCUUGUCUAGAUGGAACCUCGUUGUUAAGAUUUAUUGGCAUACCGUCUGAAUUCUAGCCCAUUUUU